UCCCACAUAAUAUAUAAAUAUUUUAUGUUCAUCCAAUCACUCCAGCCUUAUAAGUACAUUUGCUCUUCAAUCCUCUUUUUCUUAGUUUCAAGUUUCUGCAUCAACAAACACCAAGAUUCCCCAACUGCCCUUUUUGCACUUUCAAGAGAUGUCUGAAGGAGAAGAACCUAAAACUCAAAAAGCUCCCAAAUUGAAUGAGAGGAUCCUUUCAUCUCUGUCAAGAAGAUCAGUUGCUGCACAUCCUUGGCAUGAUCUUGAAAUUGGACCUAGUGCACCCGAUAUUUUCAACGUUGUUAUCGAGAUAACAAAGGGAAGCAAAGUCAAAUAUGAACUUGACAAGAAGACAGGAAUGAUUAAGGUUGAUCGGAUUUUAUACUCGUCGGUGGUGUAUCCUCACAAUUACGGCUUCAUCCCUCGCACCUUGUGUGAAGACAAUGAUCCACUGGAUGUUUUAGUCCUCAUGCAGGAACCUGUGCUUCCGGGUUGCUUUCUGCGAGCCAGAGCCAUUGGAGUGAUGCCCAUGAUUGAUCAGGGAGAGAAGGAUGAUAAGAUCAUCGCAGUCUGCGCCGAUGAUCCAGAGUACACACAUUACACUGCACUCGAUGACCUCCCCCCUCAUCGCCUUUCUGAGAUUCGUCGCUUCUUUGAAGACUACAAGAAGAAUGAGAACAAAGAGGUUGCAGUAAACGCCUUCUUGCCCGCUAGCACUGCUCUUGAAGCUAUCCAGUACUCAAUGGAUCUUUAUGCUGAGUACAUAAUGCACACCUUAAGGCGGUAAACAUACAAACCACUAAUUACAAAUAAGUCAUUUUUAUCAAUGGCAGAAGGAAGAUUUCAUGCAGAACUUCCCCAGUUUUACUAUUUCUGUUCUGGAUUCGAUUGGUGAUUGUUUGGUUGAUUAGUAAAGUUAAGAGGAAGUCACUGGAGAAUGUUGUUUCCCUUUCCAUUACGUGCGGUUUCACCGUUUGACAGCGGUAUCAUCUUCUGGUUCGGAUCUUCUUGCUUCAGUGGUAGAGCAUCUCGCCCCUGCAUUCACGACAAGAUUCUGACUCUUGCUCUUGGCGUCCUUGGACUUUAAAACGGAAAAGAUUACCUAUCUUCAAAAAUUCUUCGAAUUAGAAUGUCUAAACAAUUAUAACGAAUUUCCUUCAUUAAUUUGCUUAUUUAGUUUUAUCCAGCUGGAAUGGAGGAUGUGUUCCAAUCCUAAAUUAAAAUGAUGAUUUAUUUUCAAUUUGGACAUUGAGAGAGGCAGUACAACUUUCAUGAAAAUUCACUUCA